CAGAUUACAUCAUGCAGACUAUGUUUCCGCCCACAGCUGCGGUGGGAUUUCAAGGUCAUCCGACAAAUACUCCCGCGGCCAAUCAGAAUGUGAUCAGACACAAUUGCCGAGUUGCUCUGAUCGGAACCAAGGUGCAGAGCCCUCUCAUGAACAUCUGUCGUAGUUGCAAUAGUCCAAUCAUUCUUCACGGACGAUUCAUCCCCUGCAAACAUAUCAUGUGUGUCACCUGUGCAGCCUCCAUCACCAGUCAAGAGUGUCCGAUCUGCAACCAGAAAUUUAACAAAAUUGAACAAAACAGCACUGUGUUUAUCUGUCCUUUCCAGACACCGGACAACGCCCCAUGUGAGCGAUCCUAUCUCAGCGAACGAGACUUAGUUGCUCAUGUUAAAAUGCGCCAUGAUGAAAUUGAUGUCGAAAAAUUUUCAGCCGGGAAACCAUUAGUUUUACCAAGUAGAGAAUCUUACGUAAACUUACCGAUGCCGAAAAUCGAAAUCCUGCCGAUGGUGCCGACCGCUCCGGUUUCUGAGAUGUCGCCGCAACAGGAGCAUCAGCAGAAUCAGAACGCUCAGCCCAUAAGCACAAUAGGCCAUGACGUAGACCAUCGUCAGUCCCCAGGAAGUUUUAGAGGUCAAUAUCAGCCUAGACAUCAAGGAUACUCUCCGAGAGGGGGUCCAUACUCUAGACCUGAUUUCCAGGGUUCUCCUCGAGGCCGAGGAGGGUACUCGUACAGGCCUAGAUACCCGUACAGGCCUAGAGGAAAUUGGAACCAGUCACCGAAUUGAUUGUUGAUAAGUUUUCUGAUUUCAAAAGUUCUGUUGAUUGUUUUGUCGAACUCUACGUUAGUAAUUAAAAUAUAUCCGAA